GAUAAGAUAAUAAUGUAUUCACAGAAUUUUAUAAUAACUUAGUACCAGUGUGGCAGUGUCCAGUACAGCAGUACACCAGUACCUAUACUGAGACUUUUGUAUUUAGUGUUUUUAAUUGUGUCCACAAAAAUUUUAUUUAUAUUUUAAACUUUAAGUUUUCGUACCAGCUUCUUCACAAUGGUACAAGCAUGGUUCAUGGCAGACAAUUGGAGCGGUGAUCAACGUGAAGAACAUCAUAUGCAGCCGCCUGAAUUUGUUGAACUGGAUACUUUAUAUAAACUCACUUUAGUGGAACAUUUCAAAGUUAAUGAAUCAGAUCCUACUAAUGAUAAACUGUUAAACUCCAUUAAGAAAGAUCGAGGUUACUCUUAUGAGGAUGAGAUAACAUGUUCUAAAGAAUGCUUACCAAACUAUGAAAGUAAAUUAAAAAUGUUCUUUGAGGAACAUUUACACACAGAUGAAGAAAUUCGAUUGGUUUUGGAAGGCUCAGGCUACUUUGAUGUUAGAGAUGGUAUAAAUGACAGAUGGAUACGUAUUAAAGUUGAACCUGGUGAUUUAUUAAUAAUUCCAAAAGGAAUCUAUCAUCGUUUUACAUUAGAUACUAAUAAUUUUAUCAAAGCCAAAAGAUUCUUUGUAGGAGAACCAGUCUGGACACCGCAUAAUAGACCAGCAGAUGAUAUGAACUGCAGAAAAGAAUAUUUGAAUCAAAUAAUAUCUUGUUAAUUAAAAAAAACAAUAUA